AUGAAGUCUGUGACCAAAGUACUCCAAUAUUUGGUCAAAUUAGGAGCCCAAGAGCUCACCCCUCAUAUAGCGCGCAAACCUACCUCCAGGAUUAGAAGUCUUUCACCAGAUAGUCACAAGCGCAAGGAUCUUAUCAAUCUUCUGCUAUGCAACGUAUGUUCGCCCACUUUCUCGCAGCAUCCGAUUAUACCCACCUUUGCAGAUCUUGGGCGACCAAUUCAUAAUACUAUGGGCAGAUACACAAUCUGUCUAACGACUGAAGAACAUCGUAUGAAUACUUAUGCGAAAUUCUUUGACGACCUCUUUUUUGCAAAUAAGGUAAGGGAUUUCUGUAGCCUUCGGCGAAAAGACACGGGGGUAGAAAGUGGUACAUUCGGCGAAUUUUUGCAGUGGAAAGAGAAGCCACAGGUUAUAAUUUAUACCGACCUUGGUAAGAAGACGAGUUUGACAAACGAGAGAGAUAAGAAAAUCUUUUUAGAAAGACUUCUGGUUGGGAUGUGCUGGGCGUUUUUGUAUAUUUAUGAGUGCAAGGAGCCAUGUUGUGCGGAGUCACAAGAAGGGGGCGCCGAGCUAGAAAAACUGUUUGACGAACUGUCGAGGGCAUUAGAUAAGGAUUUGGGUAUUAAGUUGGAGUUAGAAUGGAAGAAAGAGGGGUUUGUGAGGAUAGGAACGUCCCCCUUUUCUCCCGCUCGCUAUGGUGCGACAAGGUUCUAUUAA